CCUACACUAAUUCUAAUCCCACAAGAUUAGUUGUAGAAACUACAUGUCGCGUGUUCCAUAUCUGUGAGCACACUGACUGACAAUGGCGACGGUGACCACUUCAAGCAGCAGACCCUACCAUGUAAUAAUUUUCGGAGCUAGUGGCUUUACUGGGCAGUUUGUCGUAGAAGAGGUCGCGAGGACAACCGGAGAAGGACCUGAGAGUAACCUGAAAUGGGCGGUAGCUGGACGAAGCAGAAAGAAACUUGAGAGCGUUCUCGACCAUGUUGCAAAUACCCUCGAGACACCAGAGCUGAGGUGUGCUGUGGAGGUCAUCGUGGCCGAUGUUGGUCAUCCAGAAUCCCUGGCUAUAAUGUGCAAACAGGCUGUGAUUGUGCUCAACUGUGUGGGGCCAUACAGGUUCUAUGGGGAGCCUGUGGUCAAAGCAUGCGUGGAGAACGGGGCACACUACAUUGACAUCUGCGGAGAACCACAGUUUCUGGAGGCUGUUCAGCUGGUGUUUGACAAAAAGGCGAGGGAGAAUGGCGUCUAUGUCAUCGGCAGCUGUGGCUUUGACUCCAUCCCAGCAGACAUGGGCAUCCUCUACACAAGAGAAAAGUUUAAAGGCACACUGACAGCAGUGGAGAGCUUCUUGACUGUCAGCACAGGCCCUGAGGGAGGCUGUGGCCACGACGCCACGUGGCAGUCGGCCAUCUACGGCUUUGCCGACGCGGCGAGACUGCGCUCGCUCAGGAAGCAGUUCAAGCACAAGCCGCUGCCAGAACUGGGCGCCAAGAUCAAGAGGAGGGGUGCUCUGUUCUUCUGUGCGGAGAUAGACCAGUACGCAGUGCCCUUCAUGGGCUCUGACCCCUCAGUAGUGAGGAGGACUCAGCGUUACCUGUGUGAGGAGGAUCAGCAGUGUCCGGUGCAGUACUGCGCGUAUGCGGGCGUGGGGGGAGUGUGCUCCGUGCUGAAACUGCUCUUCUCAGGGUUUUUCUUCUGGCUGCUGGUCAAGUGUAGCCUGGGUCGAAGCCUGCUGACUAAAUUUCCAGCGUUCUUCUCCUUGGGGUUGUUCUCCAAAGCCGGGCCGACCCAGAAGCAGAUGGAAGGCACGAGCUUCCGGAUGACGUUUUAUGGUGAAGGCUACACGAAAGGUCACGACCCCAGCCAAGGGAUGCCCGACGGCAGGAUCACCACGGAGAUCAGAGGAGCAGAGCCAGGCUAUGUCGUCACCCCCGUCGUCAUGGUGCAGGCGGCCAUGACCUUCCUGAAUGAGCCCCAGUCUCUUCCAGAGAGGGGUGGAGUGUUCACGCCCGGCGCUGCCUUUGGGAGGACGUCGCUGAUCCGGCGCCUGCACCGCCACGGCCUCAAGUUCACCGUCACCAGCCAGCAGGGGGCGUCCUGAGUCACAGGGCCAGGCCCACGCUGCUCUCUCCUCUCUCCUGGCUCUUGCUCUGUCGUUCAUUUCCCCCCUCUUUUCCCCUCACCCUCUCUCAUUCUACCUUUCCCCCCCUCCCUCUCUCUGAUCAUUUUGUACGUGUUUGCCAUUUUAUUCUCUUGAGGCAUAUCUGUCUUUUCACGACUGUUUGUGUGUGUGUGUGUGCGUGUGCGUGUGCGUGUGCGUGUGUGUGUGUGUGUGUGUAUGCUGUGCACGUAGGUGUGUGUGUGUUUGCAUGUGUGUGUCUGUGCGUGUUCCACCUGUACAUAAACGUGUGUGUGUGUGUGUGUGUGUGUGUGUGUGUGCAAAGACAAUACUGAGUGAACAUGGCCGGCUAUCUGUUUGUUGCCAUAAUGAGUCAGCUCCGCCAGGCUGUUGUUGACAUGUUUACUGUUAGCCUUUCCAUCCUGACCGCAUGCUUGUUACCACGAGGCUGAGGCUGAGCCUACAGCAGCUCAAAUGUCAACAUGCUACCCUCUCUCAUAGCCCGCAACACAAACAUUUAGCACGGAAGGCGAGCUAGUCUGCGGUCUCGGGUAUGAGCGAAUAUGAGUUUUGAGGAAGACUAAGAUGUUUGGCAGAAAACCUGAUUUUGUUUGCUUUUGGCUUCAAUUUGUUUUACGCAAUAAGGAGUUUUGAAAUGAAUUCAUGCGCUUGUUUGACUUGAACAUGUUCUUAGGAGUUAAGCAUAGGAUGCUAAUAUUUAGUUCAAGUUCCAGGUCUUGGUGUCACUAGGACCAUGAAUUCAGUGCCUGGAGAGCUGAGGAGUUAAAGUGCUUUUUAAAAAAUCUUAUUGGCUGUAAUGUUGGUCCUUUAAGUUAUACAUGCAAGCCUAUGUAUAAACCGAAUGCACAGAUCUGAUUAACUUAAGGACAUAUUUCCUUGUAAACAGAAACCUCAUCUUCUGUGAUAAUGUGAUAACAAAUCAGAUAUUGUCAUGUUGUCAUUUACAAUCACUGGACUUGUUCCAGUAUGCUGUGAAUUCUAGUUAAACACUACUGUGCUCUGGGAAUUGCCCUGAUGUCUUGGAUUAUUCUGAUGUCUAUUUUCCGUACAGUUUUAAUAAAGGAGCUCCAUCAGCUGUAUUAGUUUGUUUGACUUUGUCUUGGCGAACAAUGGAAUUAGGGAUUUAUACUGAUGUAUAACAACUGACAAUAGAGCUCUUG